GAACACAUCCGCAUGAACGGGCCGCCUCAGUCGAACCAAUUUGGAGUACCGAUAUUACACAGAGAUAAGAUUCCUAAAGCAUCUCCCGAUAUCUCCAACACUCAAACCAAACCAUUUUCGUCUAAAAUUCAAUUUGAAAAAUUUGUCUGAAAACAGAACUCUUAGAAAUUUUGUUGCCAAAUGAUGCAGAAUUGCAUAUUCCUCUAGAGUUAGUUUGAGUUCGAGUUCGUCUCCAUUGAAGCUAAGCGAUGGGAUUUGCAGCAGCUCUGCGUUGCAAUUCAUCGUCACUCUCACAGUGUACUUCUUGCUCUGUUCUUCGUUUUCAACCUUUGAUUGUUGCUUCCUCUUUAGAAUUUCCUCGUAAAUUUCGCCGUUGCCGAUUGAAAUUUCUCGCUGUUUCAAGGUUAGGAAAUAGAAGAAAGGUUGAUUUCGUUUGUGGAGUUGGUGAAAAUGAGAUUGGACCUGAUGCCAAUGAUAAUAAGGGGAAGGACGACAAUGAAGAAAAUGGAAGUGUGGAGUCAACUGAUUCCAGCAUAGAGUAUGAUUCACAGCUUGAACAGGAGCAGGUAUCCACCACUGAAGUUUUGAAUUCAGACAGCAAUACUGUAGAAAACAACGAGAUCAAAAUGAAUGGUGAAGGUGGUACGCAACAGGAUGGUCCUGACAAUUUAAAAGUUGCCAGUGGUUCGCCUCUUCCAGGUGUGAAGCUGCAGCAACUAGAUGAAGUGAUUAGGAUGCCGAAGGAGACAAUUGACAUACUUAGAGAUCAAGUAUUCGGAUUUGACACUUUCUUCGUGACAGGGCAAGAGCCAUAUGAGGGUGGAGUAUUAUUUAAAGGAAAUCUACGAGGGGUAGCAUCUAAAAGCUAUGAAAAACUAUCAAAGAGAUUGCAGGAUAGAUUAGGUGAUCAAUAUAAGCUCUUUAUGCUUAUCAACCCUGACGAUGAUAAACCUGUGGCAGUGGUGGUGCCAAAGAUAACAUUGCAACCAGAGUCAACAGCUGUACCAGAAUGGGUUGCAGCAGGGGCUUUCGGAUUGGUGACUCUUUUUACCUUACUCCUUCGAAAUGUUCCUGAACUGCAGUCUGACUUGUUAUCAAGUUUUGAUAAGCUUGAUUUACUAAAGAAUGGUCUUCCCGGAGCACUUGUGACCGUGCUUAUUUUGGGGGUACAUGAGCUUGGACAUUAUUUAGUUGCAAAAGAUUGUGGAGUGAAGCUUGGUGUGCCAUAUUUCAUUCCCAGUUGGCAGAUUGGUUCUUUUGGUGCCAUCACAAGGAUUGUCAACAUUGUACCUAAACGCGAGGACCUUCUGAAGGUAGCUGCGGCAGGACCUCUGGCUGGCUAUAGUUUGGGUCUCAUACUUUUCUUAUUGGGAUUCAUUUUGCCACCUAGUGAUGGCCUUGGUGUUAUUGUUGAUGCUUCUGUUUUUCAUGAAUCAUUUCUAGUUGGGGGAAUCGCCAAACUACUUCUAGGAGAUGUCCUUAAGGAAGGUCAAGCAAUAUCACUAAAUCCACUUGUCAUUUGGGCAUGGGCCGGGCUUCUGAUUAAUGCCAUAAAUAGCAUUCCAGCUGGAGAGCUUGAUGGUGGGCGUAUUUCUUUUGCCAUAUGGGGAAGAAAGGCAUCAGUUCGGCUUACUGGCGCGGCAAUUGUUCUUCUUGGACUGUCGUCAUUGUUUAACGACGUGGCAUUCUAUUGGGUAGUUCUGAUAUACAUCUUACAGAGGGGUCCAAUUGCUCCACUUGCUGAGGAAAUAAGCGAACCUGAACAGAAGUAUGUUGCUCUUGGGGUUGCAGUAUUAUUCCUUGGACUUCUUGUAUGCUUGCCCUAUCCCUUCGCAUUCACCAACGAAGCUAACUUGAUGAAUUUGUAAAAAACACAGGAAGACCGAAGAGGAAACGUGUGAAUUAUAUAUAGUUGCUCAUCGACAGUUAGUUGUAAGUUUAGCAUCACAGAAGUUUUGUAGUACUCCCCCGUCCUUUCAGAUUUCCAUGUACCAUUACUUUACCAUGGGAAUGUCAUCUCACAAUAAUAAGAUUUGAAAUGGAAUUCAGAUCAUUCACAUGUUUUCA